UGUCUAUUGUAGGCCUACUCGUGGACCACAGUAUAAAAGGGACAUGCUAAGAGAUAGGAGCAUCACACAUCAUCUACCUUCAUAAUGUUCACCAAGACCGUCGUUGCCCUCGCCCUUGUGGCAGUUGUUGCCUCUGCACCUUCUCAGCCAGGCUAUGGAUAUGCUCCUCAGCCAACCUAUGACGUCCCUGCCAAGUACGACUUCAACUACGCCGUGAAGGACGACUACUCCGGCAACGACUUCGGUCACCAGGAGGCCCGUGAUGGCUACGACACUCAGGGUUCUUACUUUGUUCUCCUUCCCGACGGCCGUCUGCAGAAGGUCGCUUACACUGUCAACGGUGACUCUGGCUACGUAGCCGAGGUCAGCUACGAGGGUGAGGCCCAAUACCCCGAGUACAAACCUGCCUACAACCCAGCACCUGCCUACACGCCUGCCCCCGCCUACGUUUAUUGAGCAUAUUUAUGAUAUUUAUUAAAAAUUAAAGCCUCCUAUUA